AUGGCAGCUCCAAUACCCUCCAAAACACCAGGAUUUGCAAGAGGAAGCGGAGACUUGAGACUCGAUGUAUUCCUGGAUCCAUUAGGACAAGAAGAAACAGAUAUGGUGUACAAGUUCUUGGACGCAGUCUUCUCGGAAAUGGAUUCGUUUAUCGCGGAUCAACUCAAUGAUGCUGACACGAGAACAUUUGUGUCUAAAUUCUUGAUUGAACGGUUUCCGUUGGAUAAAUUGGAAUUUCGACAGCUUUUGAAUCGGAAUUCGACGGCUGAUGCGCAAGCUCGUGUUGCGUGGAAGUAUGGGUGCACUCGUGGUGUCUCUGGAACGCCUCAGGUGUUUAUCAAUGAUGUUCUGUCAUUGACAUUGAGCAAUUCUGAUAAAAAAGACGAAUGGCACUAUUCCUUGGAGCGUGCAUUCGGUGAUAAGGAACUCCCUAUAGUAGCUGCAGCUUUUGACAUCAACAUCAACGCCAACAAUUGCUAUUUUCACAAUUUUGGAUUUCGACCUCAUUUAUGGAAUAUUGAGACUAUUGCGGCUGAAAAGUAUGCAUCUUAUGAAGCUGAUAUUUGGACCAUGUCGCCUCCUUGUCAACCGUAUACGCAAGGAGGAAAGGAACUGGAUGAUCUAGAUCCAAGAGCUAAGGGUCUGUUGCACUUGAUCUCGAUCUUGCCAAAGCUGCAUAAACCUCCCCACUACAUCUUUCUUGAAAAUGUCCCUAAUUUUGAGAGAUCAAGGAGUCGAGCUCGUCUCGUCGAACAAUUAGACGUAUUAGGCUACGAUAUCAACGAAUUCCUAUUGACGCCUCUUCAAUUUGGGAUUGCAAAUGAUAGAAGGCGAUACUACCUUACAGCUCGUCGAGUCCUUGAAUCUCGAGCAGAAGGUACACAGCCAUACAUAGAACGUGCCACAAUGAUUACAGGAUGGCCCAUCAAUGAUCGAAUUGAAACUCCCAAAAGUCCACCAGCUUUGAGCGAAUACUUGGACUCUGAUGUUGUUGAAGCAGAUUAUUACGUGCCUGACGAGUACAUUUUGAAGCGGCAUCAGUUCAACUUUGAUGUAGUGAAGCCCAAUGAACACUUGUGCAGUGUCUUUACUCAAGCGUAUGGAAGUCAUCACGUAAUCGGGAGUGGCAGUUUUUUACAAACACGAGAUUUCGGCAAGAGCUUUGAGUAUUUGAACCCUCAGACGUUAAUUGACCUCAAGCCGAGGUUUUUUACACCUACUGAAUGCGCUAGACUGCAUGGAUUACCGCUCCGAGAGCAGGAUGGUGAUGCUAACUUAAAACUGCGCGGACUACCUCUGCAGGAGCAGGGUGGUAGCGAAGGCAAAUGUAAUGAUAAGCAUUACUUUGAGUUUCCGAGUAGUUUGUCGCGUAUACAGUGCUAUAAACUGGUUGGGAACAGCUUGAAUGUGGUCGUAGUCAGUGAACUCAUGAAGCAUGCAUUAUUUAGUGACAUCAUUUAA